ACAUAUUAAGAAGCUUUUAAUUGCACGAUCCUAAAAAAAAUGUAUCCAAGAAGUGUUAAAAGCCUAUCAUAUAGUUUUUUGUAUGUUUUUAAAAACCAAUAACACAUCAAAUAGCUGACACUACAUGCCUUAUUGAAUGGGUGGAGCUGGUACAUCUUAAAGAAAAGCUAUAGUAGACAACUUAGUAUGUGUUAUCCAUUCCUCUCAAAACAAAUGAUUUUAUUUUGAGUUGACAAAGAAUGCAAACUACUUCAUCAUGGUUUCUCAUAAUUCUGUCCAUUUUUAAUCUGGGGAUAUUGAAUCAGCUAGUCGGUGGUAUCGCUAAAUGAUUUAUUGGACACAAAAUGUUAUUAUGUUAAACAAGAUGUAACACAGGAAUUACCUGGCAGAAUAGGGAAGAUAUUUCAAAAAUAAUCUGUAAGGUCUACCUGUAAUUUUGAGCGACAAUACAGACCUAACCCCAAGACAGCCGGUGUACCGACCGGAUCAAAGAGCUCGCUUGAGUCGCCGACCUUACCCCUCACACCGUGCGGUGCGUCUCUGUAAAAAAUUGUCACCAAACAUGCUUUUUAUUGUAACCUAAUCAUGUGCAGAGUUGGAAGUUAAUGACCACUCAAUAAAAAGUCUGUAAUAUCAAAUUCACAAACAACAACUGACAGGUUAGAUAUAAAACCGAGGACGUUAAAUGAGACGGAAUCACUCAUGACUGUUUGGUUGCGCUAUCAGAAGGAUGGCUUCACUGAUCGCCCUGGUCCUGUUUCUGAGCUCAGUGUGCGCCUUUCCUUAUUCCUUCAAUCCUUGGGCCGGGCGGCAACGUUUUAGUCUGAAUCACCUCCAACCCAUGACGACAAGUAUCCCUAAUCCAAUGAUUUCUGGGUUUGCCGGAGGAAAUGUUCUGUGUGCAUACUGUCAGAGAGUCCGGGGACCAUGCGGGUGUCAGGGAUUGUGCGUGGGUGGCUGCGGGGGAGGUUUCGGGGGAUUUGGCUCCUCCCUUGGUCCAGCAUUUGGGUCCUCCUUUAGUCCCGCGUUUGGCCCCUCCUUUGGCUCCGUUAGACGCGGGGGACAAGGAUUCCCUUUCUUGUCGUACGGAGCUUUUCCUCAGUCAAGAUUUUCACAAUUUGGAGGCCGGAGAAGUGCCGGAGUGUCUUUAGGCUCCCGAUUUUUGUCGAGGAAUUUUCAAGGUGGUGGUGGAAACAUGAACAUGUUUGGAAAUAGUGCUGACUAUGAUCAUGAUGAUUGAGAGAAGGAAAGACAACGAGAUAAAGAGAAUAUAUUGCAGAUUAAAUGAAAUUAAUAAUUACUUCAUGACGUUUCUCUUCACAACAAAAAUCAAAUAUUAAAAAUAUGGAGCCGAUACCCACACUGAAAAACAACAUAGAAGACACUGAAUUCUGAGAUAUGAAGUCAUUGAAUGUUUUGGUGUGACCACUUCAUAUCAAUACGUUUAAACUAAUGAAAUUAUUCAAACCAUAUUCGAAUUUUUGAUAUAAUUGUGACAUAUACUUAAUCAUGACAUUUUGUUUUUCAAUUCAUUUAUCCGUCUUACUUCUUGUAUUUGCCGUAUUAGCCACCCUAUUUGUUUAAUUUUUAAUCUAUUUAAAUUGUCCCCAAAGUAUGCCUUUUUUAAUUGCUGGCGCCUUAGUCUUGGUUUGUGGUUUGUAUAUUGUAUUCAAUCUCGAAUAUUCCAAUCGGUUUUAAUUAUCUUACUUUUUUGCGAUUUUCAAGAGCAAAAGUAGGACAAAUUUUAAAUCCUUGUUAUUAAAACUGAAUUGUUUUUUAAGAUACAUUUGAGAUUUCUGAUGACGUUUGACUCAUAUAUCAACAAUUUUACUCAAAGUUUGAAUCUUUCCUAAUCCACUUCAGUCAUGCUCGUCAUCUCAGCAUCAUCUUUCAACAGUCCUGACAAAUACAUUAUUCUACAUACUAAUAAUUAUGCAGCCAUUUCACACUUUUGACAUUUUGACGAACGUUGCCCCCGUCAUUGACCUUUUGUGCCCUUGCUGUAUCAUCAUUCUACAGAGAAUGUUGUUAUUUCCCCUGAAGGAGGUGUACGGAGAAACUCGGAUAUUACUUAUUUUGAUGCAAAAAAGCUCACGUUAGAUUUCCUAUUAUGUACGAUUUAUGGAAGAUAAAUGCAUAAAAUAUCACCAUCAUAUUAUUUAUUUGUCAAAAAUCAAAACUGAACUAAUUAUAACCCUAUGUAUCGUCUGGCAAUACAUUUCAACAUUAGUUAAUAUAACAUUGAUUUAAAAAAAGCAGGUCAUAAAAAGAACAUUUUGAUCUAUAUAACACGUUGUCAUGAUUUCAUGUUAAGGUGGAAUAACACAUCGUCACAAACUGGAUAACCUCAGAUCGAAACGAUAUUUCGUUUUAUUAAAAUGAUUUUAUCGACGGCAACAUGUUCCUUAAUGAGUUUAUUAAAGAAAUAAUAAAACCAAUAAGAAUGGAUUUUCCUGGUAACAAUUUUAAAGCGCCCUCCUAUUUUUUAACCUCUGUGAUUAUCUAUGACCGUUUAUUAUAUAAAUAGUGCUGCACAUUUUGUCAGUGCAACGUUUUUUUCUUUUAUUCUAUCAUCGGAUAAUUAAACUGCUUCAGGAAUGGCAUUGUGUACCAUCUUAAGAUGCAGUUUCAUAAAAUUACAUUUAUAUCAAAUGAUUAACCGUUGCCUGGAGGGUAUAAAUUACUUUUAUAUUAGUGUGUCUGGCCUCUGAUAUAUCUAUAUAUUAAGUUAUACGAGAUAUCUAACUUUUAAAAUUCCAAUGGGAAAAUAAUGAUUCCAAAAGGAGAAAUAAUAUAUAUUUUCUUAAGAUAAUCAAAAAUAACUGUAAUGUUUUCUAAAGAUUCCACAAUAAUAACGAUUCUGAUUUUAAAAUCAUAUGCAAGUUUUGUUUGAAUCCAAUUAGAAUUUAAUUUUCUAAAUGUAAAUAUCUGAGAUAAAUCAACAAUAAAAGUUGUUAUAAACUAUUUAGGCAAAUGUCUAUCCUAUAACAUAAUUGAAUUUUCGGGCCAUGGGAACAGUAAUGUCAUUUGGAAUAAUUAUCCGGCACAGAGUUAUACAUGUAUAUGUUUCAUUGCUAAGUAAUUAGGGAAUAUUUUGUGUGAAGGCUUUCAUUUUUAAUUUUUAACCUGCAUUAAACAAUUGUUAUAGUUACAUUGAAAUAUUCAUAAUAAUGUUGAUAUGAAAAGUAAAUUUUAUCAAAAUAAAAUGAUCACAAUCCGUACAAGACAAGGGAGCAGUUACUUGUCAUCCUCCAUGUGACAGCUCGACCGACGACGUGAGCUGGCUUGAGGAGGCGAGGUGGUCAACGCGAGUUGACUAUCAUUAUAGCCUUAAACUAUCAUAAUGGCUUAUGAAUAUUUUGGUCAUACACUAUUAUUAGGUAAAGAAAAAAAUUAUCUUUAAACUUUGAGUGUUUUCCUUUAUUUAUAUACAGAACUCUUCUUCAUAGGGAGGUACAUAUAACCAAAAAAAAUCUAACCCUCUUAAGUCAAUCAGUGGCAACAAAAUGCAUAAGUAUAUUUCAUAUAGUAU